AUGGGUGAUGUUGCCCAAGGAAACGAUGAAUUCUUUCAAGUUACCUCUGACUCUAAGAAUUUAUCCAGUGCGAAAGUGAAGCGUGUAUACAUUGGAGGGUUGCCCAAGAAUGUUCCAACACUGGAAAAGGAUCUGACGGAUUGGAUGCAAAGCCAGGUUCCAGAGUUGACAAUCUCGUCCAUCACCAUCAACGAGGGCGGCAAAAAUCCACAUGCACUUGUUGACUGCGGAAAAUUUGCCAAUCAAGCAAUUUCAAAACUUCACCAGCAAAGCUUUCAAGGGAGAAAACUAACAGUCCAACGAGAGAAACGAAAGAACAACAAGAAAAGUUCCACAGGAAAUGAUGGGAAAAAACAAUUCGGUGGCUGGUCCAAGCCAAAAAAGCCGCAGUUUAAACCGAUCUCUAUGGAAGAGGCGGGGAAGAAUAUUCAAUCGGUCGUAUCUGAGGAGAUGAAACAAGCAGAGAAUGCCGGAGAAGAUACACUCAACGUCGCAAUUGCCUCCACUGCUGCUGCGACUUUUUUGGCGGCAAUGAAUGGGAUUGCCGAUCCUGUUGGCGAUCUUGGCGAUCCAGAGGGUCCAGUGAAUGACGAAGACCCAGAUCAAUCAACAGAGGACAAGGGAUUCCAGUUGAAGGCUAUGUCAGAUCUGUUGGCAGACUUUGGUCAAGCAGAUCCCAAUUGGCAAAAGCAACGAGUGGAGGAAACGGCAGAGGAUGCUGGUAGCUCGGACAGUCGCUUGGCACGAAAAGGAAAAGCUCCUAUCCACAUUGUAUUGGGUUCAUUCGGUUUUCAAAAUGGCGCACCGAAACGGCCAGAGGGCUGGUCAUACUCUCAACCGUUGGCUAUCAUGGAUUGUCGAGAGCAGUUCGAAUCCGUACCGAAGUAUUUGGAGUGGAAAACAGGAUUAUCGGGAGCUGUAAAACGUGUUCUACAACAAGAAAAUAAAGACAUUCAGAAGCACGCGCGAACGACAGUGGCUGACCAAGUGUGGGGUUGCCUUCUCGAAGCUCAAAAUGCUGGACAUGGAUACGCGUCUCCUUUAGAAAUGACAAUAUACAUUGGCUCGGAAACCGGAAAACACAGGAGUGUAGUGAUCUGCGAAUGGGCUGCCACUGCUGUUAGAAAGAAACUGAGAGCGAACGAUAAAGGCGUGAUACAACAUGAGGUAUCGGUCGAAACACGCCAUAGAGACAUUGACCGGUUUAGGAACAAUUCCAAUAAGCAGCAGCAGCAGAAAAAGAAGCACGACUUCGCUGGAGAUUGGUGA